AUGCCAAUUUUCCAGGAUGGAAGUGUGGAUCAGGAACUAGACGUCAUCAGGGGUAUGCCCGAAGGCAUGGCGCGAACAGUCCUGAUCUCGCUUUGUGGGGAGCGGGAGACCAGGAAGAAGGCUGUUGAGAUGGCACGGCAACUUCUUGGAAGUCAGGCGAAAAUUUCGGCCAUGACAACGACUAGCGGGUCUGCGAAGCCUGCAAGCUUGGUUUGCAGCCGAUGUCACGAGCGAGUUGAAGGCGACAAGCAAGACCCCGAUGCUUGUAAAUACCAUCCAGGAGAGUUUGAACUGGAUGAGUCUAGUAAAGAAUGGGAUUCGAUUGACAUCUGGGACGAGAACGACUGGGAACAGUUGGAGGAUGACCCGUGCUGGAAAGAAGACAAGCCCGAUGGCUUCAAGUGGAGUUGCUGCGAGAGGAAUGGGAACGUCGAGGGUUGCGAGAGGGGCCCGCACAUCACGGAGACGAACCCGGCGGGUGUGAGCAACCUUGGCAGUGGCACAGGGUGGAAACCUGAGUUGGUCAACGAUGAUGGACCUGACGUUCAAGUCCUGGGUGAGAGGUCUUCUAACAAGCGGAAAUCGGAUGGGGACAUUGUUGGCCUUAAUGGACACAAAGAUAAGAAAGGGGCACAUGGAUACGGAAUCGGUAUCUUCGAAUAG